AUGUCAGAUAAUGGCGAAAGGACUCGUAAGGAAGGCAGCAUGGUGCGGGACUUGUUGUGCCAGAAGUUCGAAUACGACGAGUCCGUGGAUAUCCUGCUGGGCGGCCAGGAUGAUUUGGGCCUCCAUAUCUACAGUUUGAAAGCAAAUGGAGGAUCCAGGCGGGUGAUAUAUGCAGCAAAAGGCAAAGAAUCUGAUGAAGCAGUGGCUUAUUUGGCGGAGCACUGGAAGGAGUCCUUGACACUGGAUGAAGCUGAACAGUUGGCUCGGGAGUCACUCAAAUUGGAGGACAAUGACUUCGUGGAGAUAUGCAUCAUCAAUAGGGCUGAGCAAACAGAGGAGGCGGCUAGCGAUGAGGAUAACUAG